AUGGGAUAUACAGCAUAUCCCUGCCUUUCAGCAAGAAGGACCUGCGAAACCUGCCGGACCACCCCACCUGUUAUCGCCGAAGGGUAUACGCCCAAGGGAGAAUCAUCUGUCAUCGGUAGACUUGGGCUUAGUACAUACAUAACAGGCCCCCGCACCGCCACAACAGCCCUACUCGGAAUCUACGAUAUCUUCGGAAACACCCCACAAACAACACAGGGCGCCGACAUCCUCGCUACGCGCCUCAAUGCCCUAGUCCUAAUCCCCGACUUCUUCAACGGCGAGGGCGCAAAGCCGGAGUGGUUUCCUACGGACACUAUAGAGCGCCACGGGCUGCUGAUGGACUUUGUGAUACGCAAGGCGAACUGGACGGAGGCUGCGAAGGGGAUGCCGGAUUUGCUGAGGGAGUACAAGGAGGUUUUUCCUGGGGUAACGAGGUGGGGUGCGUAUGGGCUUUGUUGGGGUGGGAAGGUGCUUGCGCUGGCUUCGGGGAAGGAUGGGGGGUGUGGGUUCGGGGGUACGGUGCAGGUUCAUCCCGGGCUCAUGGAUAAAGCCGACGCAGAGAAACUGACGACUCCGCACGCUGUCCUGGCUUCAAACGAGGAGCCGGCGGAUGUGGUGCAGGCGUACAAGGAGAUCAUUGCUGCAAACGGGAUUGGAGGGUUUGUUGAGACAUAUGAGAAUAUGUGGCAUGGGUGGAUGGGAGCAAGGGCUGAUUUGAAGGGGGAAGAGAGCGCGAGGGAGUUUAUUCGUGGGUAUGAGCAGAUUGCGGGGUUUGUUGAGAAGUAUCUCUUGGAUUGA